GCUUUAUAUUUUACUUAUAGUCAUAAAUUAUAGAAUGGCUGAAAGCUUGAAAAGUACUCAUGAUUUUAUUAAAAGUGCAUUUUCAAUUCGAGUUGGUGUCCUUUCCAGCCAAGAUGCUGAAUUUGUCAGCCAGAAGAAUAAUCUGUCAUUUUCUGAACUGAUUCAACCAUUCUGUACGUUAACAAAUGAAGCGAAAAUUCAAGGAAUUGGUGCUCAAGUAUACCGAGCUUAUAAUGUCCAUGUACGCGUGUCAGACAUUCGACAAAAAUAUGCGAGUAUCGAUAAAAAUAUUAUACGUCAAAUGAUAGCGGAUUUGGUUUCAAAAUCAGGUUCCAGUGAUAAUAUACAAACCAUAUCUGUUCCAUGUAAGGAAUAUGACUUGUCUGUGAAUCGUUCAUGUCCGUGGAUGGAUACUUACAGAGAUAUGAUGGUUAAAUUCGGACCUCCGCAAGAUCAUGAGUUUUUGAAUCAUCAUAUUGCUUGUAUGUUAGUCGUAUCAUCACUUCAUCCAAACCCAAUGCAAGAAUUUGCGAAUCUGAGCCAACUUCAAAAUCAUAUCCAACAUGGUGAAAAAAAUAACGAUUCUUUGAGAUGGAUGACGCCAAAUACAUUAAAAUAUUUUGUUCUUCUUCAUGAUGCGCAACAAAGCGAUGAUAGUAAAGCGAAGGAAGUUUUUGCAACAUUGCAAGCAACAUAUGGAACAAAAGUUUGUCAUUUUUUAUGUAUAAACUCCAGGAAUGUAUCGAACUCCGAGGGUGCGCAAAAUUUGCCUGAUCCAUGGCAUCAGUUUAUGAAUUCUUCAACGUCUUCUCUGAAAAAUAAUGUAACUGAUGUUGCUUAUUCUAAAAUAUCCACAGUGAACGGAACCAAUUCUGAAGAAAAUCAACCAUGGUUCAAUGAUAUCAUAAAAAAUUCGAAAACGUCUGUCGAAAAAGGGUUUGGAUGUUGUCUUACUAUGGCUGAUCAUGAUGGUCUGCAAUCCUUCAUGCAUGAUUUUAUAGUUUCUGCACUUAUACCUCAUAUGGAAAAAACAAUAAAAAAUAUCAACGACCAGCUGUCAGCAAGAAAAGCGUUACAUAAAUCAUUGUUUCGUGCGACAAGAACUUUAUUUGGAUCUAGUAAAUCACCAUCUAGUGUUGCUUCCACAUCAGGUUAUAGUCAUGAUGCGAAUGAAUUGCUUUUAAGAAAGAUCGCAGAUUUGUGUUUUCUGUCACAGAUGUACGACCAAGCUUUUUACUUUUAUCAUAAUGCAAAGAAGGAUUACACGAACGACCAAGCUUGGUUGUACGCUGCUGGUGCAUCUGAGAUGGCUGCCACAUCCAAUUUCAUGCAACGCAACACUCAGAAAACUUAUCCUUCUCACUACAUGGAAUCAGCGAUAACGAUGUACAUUGAUGUAUGUAAAAAUGACUACCUUGCCCUUAGAUGCUCACUGAUACAUGCUGAAUGUUUACAGUUUCUAGGACAGUUCAAUGAAGCAGCAUUUUAUUUGAUAAAAGUCACAAAUGAAACAGAUGAUCUGAGGAGUGCAUUACUUUUGGAGCAAGCUGCACAUUCUUAUCUCAAAAUGAAAGAACCGCAGCCUAAAAAGUUUGCAUUUCACUUGAUCUUAGCAGGUCACCGAUUUAGCAAAUGUGCCCAAAGAGCACAUGCACUGCGUAGCUAUAACCUUGCCCUCCAAGUAUAUCUGGGCCAAGGAUGGAGUCUAGCUGAAGAUCAUAUUAAUUUUGCCAUGGCAAGACAGUCUUUUAACAUGAAACAUUUAUUGGAUUCAUCGAAGUCAUUUCGCAGUCUUCUUGUUCAGGAAUCUUCUCAACCUUCAUCCCAGCAAGCUGCAUUUUUUCAUGAAUUUAUUCAUAUAUUUCAACAAUGUGAACAGUUAAAUGAUGCGAAAGUGGAAAAUGCAAUGUUAGGUUUACCAAAAUUACUUGAAUCGGAAACGAAAGUUUGUCUCGAUCAGAGCGAUAAUGACUUUACACCAGAAUUUAAUACCAAGAUGUCUAAAUUGGUAAAUUUACUUUUGGAUUCGGAACCUUUACUGCCUGGUACUGUUGUCAGCGGAAUGAAAUGCUUCUGUAAAUCAACUUCUAAUGUUAAAAGUCCACAGUUGGCUGUGGGGGAAGUUGUUAAUAUCGAAGUGACAUUUCAAAACUACCUGGAUGUUCCGAUUUGCAUGUCGGAUAUUACAAUAAAAUGGGAUUUCAAGCUGCCUGAAAAAGAAAAUUCACAGCUUAUUGAAGGUGACAUAUUUCAAUGUAGUUCUGUGCCUAUUCUGACCAUUCCUCCACUGACUAAGAAAACAGCCCUUUUUACUGCUAAACCUCUUAAACCAGGAGUGCUGACAGCAUUGGGGACAUCUUAUAAAUUAGGAUUGUCUUCAAGUGAUAGUUCAGAAGACACUGAACAUGAUACUAGCUAUUCUGUGAAAGACUAUCAACCGUUUAAUAUUCUUGGUCGGAGAUUGAAUAAAACGAAAGAUGAAAGAUGUGGUGUUAUGUACGGUACUGAUCAAAGAUUGAAUUUUCAUGUUCUCCCUGUUUUGCCAAAAAUGUCCGCAACAUUUGAUAAUUUUCCAACCACAAUGGUGUGCAAUGAAGUUGUCAAUACAACAAUAAGGCUACAGAAUACGGGCAAUGUUCAACUUGAUAUCGUCAAGAUACUUGCGAAUGACAAAGUUCAGUUUACCAUAUGCGGUACAAAUGGUCACAAGUUUAUUUUACCCAAUGUUGUUACAACCGAUUCAAAAUCUAAGAAGAUUAAAUUUACUAAUGUGUUGUCAGAGCCUUUAUUACCAGGAAAAUCUGUGAAAAUGGACGUUUGCAUUAAAGCACCUGCAACUAGUGGAAUUCAUCAAGCAGAUGCUUUAGUGUACUGUAAAUCAAAUUGUAUUGUUGAUGGACCAUCGGGUCGUACUUUCUUCAUUAGAAAUCAUAUUGAAUGUACAGAAGGUGUUGAUAUUCUGGCUGAAUUAAUGACUCCUGUGAACCAAGAAAAUUUUAUAAUAUCUUUACGGGUACGAAAUGCUUCAACGAAAGAUUCAUGGAUGCUUUUUAUUGAGGAUGUAACAUGCUCAAAUUCAAGCUGUGUUGUAGAAAUAGUGGGUGAUAAAAAGCUACCAGCUUUAUCAGUAAACAACCAUCUAUAUAUGUACCUCAAUCUGGCAAAGAAGUUUGAUGUUGAUUCUGAGAAGCGAGAUUUGUACGAGCCCCCUGAAAUCAUCAUUCAUUGGAAAGGUGGUUAUAAUGAUGCGUUUAUGUACGGCCAACACCAAUUGGAUUUAAAAGAUCUUUUUGAAGGUCUAGGUACAUUCUCAACCCCUGAAACUAUGCCUGUUAAAAUUUCUGAUAACAUGCCCAAAUCAGCAGAGGAAUUUUCUCUUCAAACUUUACAUCGAUUAGUAACAUGGAGACUCAGGUAUAAUUCUACAAUAAAACAUGAUUUUACUGCGAACAAUCUAUGUCAUACUGAUAUGACAUUAAUGGUGUAUAAUCUCAGCAAUUUGAAGCUGCAUGUAACCGUCAGUUUGCCGAAUGUGGAGGACAAUUUUGGAAAACGUCAAUCUCAUACGGACUUUGCAUGGGUUGGUGCUACCGAAGCAAAGAGACUUCUCGCUCCUCACAGUGAAAUCAAAGUAAAUUUGAAGGCUUGUUUUGCGCGUAGGGGUGUAUUUAACGUCAGUGGUGUGAGCGUGACAGCUAUUCCGAUGCAUCUUAUGGGAACGACACCUCAAAUUCCUCAAAAACCACCUUGUGGAUAUUUCAUAAAUAUUGAAUAGUUGAAAAAUUUUAGCAAAACGUUAAGUAAAGUGCAAUAUACAUGUAUUCACAGAAUUGUCAUCUCACAGUUGUUCAAAACGCCGUUUUUGUUAUUAUAUUGAGCCUACUAUUAGUUAUAUAUUAAUAUUGAGCAAGUCCAAUGAUCAGGAUAAAAUGUUCAAAUCCAAUAAUCUUGUAAGAGGUAUAUUCUUUGAUUGAAAAUAGUUAUCAAAACCAAUAAGAUGGAAAGUUCACACUUCAAGCAUACUGAGUAAUUUUAUUGAAAAUUGCAUUUAUGUACCCUUUCUUGUGAAUAGCGAAUCUGAAUUCUGACUUACCAAAUUAUUUUAAUAUUUUCUGCACCAUGGUCUGUGUGAUUGCAUUUAUCAAUACAAAAUGAUUUGAUUUUAGUUCCCUCAUAUAAACCAAAAUCAAUGUUGCUACUAGGAAUUUAAUGUUUCCAUGAAAUUCAGAUAUUUAUAAUCCGAAUCUGAUUUUGUUCGUCAAAAUUCCCUCUUUUUGCCAAUAUUACAUGCUGAAAAGGUACCACCCUUGAAAUGAAGCAUCAACUUUUGUUCCCUCAUUCAUAGAUACGAUGAUUAAACUUACGCUUGGAAUAUAUAUUUAUUAUUAUUAAUAGUAAUAGUUCUGUUUUAGCUCUAUUUCACAUUAGUAUCUAUUAUAAUAUUAAUAUGAUUGCUUUAUUUGAUUUCAUGCGCAAUGAGAAGAUGUUGCCUGAAAUGCAUUGCUUUAUCAUAUAAUCAAAAUUUAUUUCAUAAGUCAA